UUUCUCCAAAAUGGCCAAGUACUCGGGCAAAAAAUGCCGGCUGCUCUCGAUGAUGUGGCUCACGGCGUUCUUCUUCUUCGUCGAGAUCAUUGUGGGCUAUGUGACCAAUUCGAUGGCUCUGGUGGCGGAUAGUUUCCACAUGCUGGGCGACAUCGCCGCCCUGGUCAUAUCAUUCCUGUCUGUGAAGAUGUCACCGAAAAAGUGGUCAAAGAACACCUUCGGCUGGGCCAGGGCAGAAGUCUUGGGAGCUUUGGUCAACGCCGUUUUCCUGGUGGCCCUGUGCUUCAGCAUCACCAUCGAGGCUUGCAAAAGAUUCAUUGAGGAGGAGCCGAUUCACGAGCCUGAACUGCUUGUUAUCGUGGGAGCCCUGGGUCUUCUGGUGAAUGUGAUUGGACUUUGUCUGCUUUACGAGCACGGCGGUCACCAUGGUCACUCACAUGGCGGCGGACUCACACGUAACCACAGCCGACUCACUGAGUUGGCCAACAUGGACGAGGGCGAGGAUGAGCAGAACGACUUUGCCUACGAGAAGCCGAAGGAAAAGGCACCGGUCAAGAAAUCCAGCCAUGGACACAGCCAUGAUCCCGGCCAGAUGAAUAUGCGCGGCGCCUUUUUGCACGUUUUGAGCGAUGCCCUUGGCAGCAUCAUUGUCGUAAUCAGUGCUGUCGUGGUGUGGAAGACGCAGUGGAAGUACCGAUACUACAUGGAUCCCGCUCUGUCCAUCGUUCUGGUUGUCCUGAUCCUGCACUCCGUGUGGCCGCUGCUACGCGAGUCCGCCUUGAUUCUGCUUCAAACAGUGCCCACCCACAUCCAGGUGGACGCCAUUCAGAAGAGGCUUCUGGAGAAAGUUGAUGGCGUGCUGGCUGUGCACGAGUUCCAUGUGUGGCAACUGGCUGGCGACCGCAUCAUCGCCUCUGCCCAUAUUAGGUGCCGAAACCUUUCGGAGUACAUGAAGAUUGCCGAAAAGGUGAAGGAGUUCUUCCACAACGAGGGUAUCCACUCCACCACCAUCCAGCCGGAGUUCAGCGAGAUUGAAGGCUGCAACAUGUCUGAUGGCACCUCCAGCAUCAACAUGAGCGGCUCCGACUGCUGCGCGUUGGAUUGUCCCACCACGGAAGAAGGAUGUGUCAAGGCCACGUGCUGCCAAAACAACAACAAAUUGAACCAACUGCCCUCACCCACCAACUCGCCGUAUCUGUGCCGCCAGCGGAAUGCCGCCCGACAGGCCGGCGAUGUGGAGGCGGGUUCCCUGCUGGAGGCCACAUCCAGUGGCAACCAGGGAACCUCUGGCGGUGCCAGCGCAGGAGCUCCCGUGGUUGCGAUAGGGGCCACGUCAACCCCGAAAAGCGAUUUGGUUUGACGACAGCCACAUCAGGCGCAACAACAUGUACACUUUGCCACGACCAAAACGGAAACCGCAACCGCAACAACAAAGGCCGCCACAACAGCAGCAGCAACAUCAAUACGUGAUAUAAUGUACGAGCCGUGCGCCAACAACCAAGUGGUCUCCAGCGCACAGGUGGACGUCAAUCUCGGCCUGACGGUGACCGCCCAGCGGCGGCGGGAGCUUCAGUUGCAGGCCGAACAGCAGUAUCAGGAGCAGGUGUCACCACUGAGUACCAGGAAUGGCGACGAGGUGGCACUCUAAUUAGGAGCCUAGUUUAACGUUAAUUGUGCAAACCGCUGCAAUGGAGACUGGUCUGCCAUGGUGCAGCUUUAGUGUUUUUUUGUAUCAUUAUUUGUUCUUAGUGGAAUUUAGGCGUAAAUGAGAGUGGGAGAGUGGCUAGUUUAAUUAAAGUGAAAUCAAAAAAUGAAUAUGAAAAUGAAGAACACGAGUAUCUAUUAGUGCGGAAAACACAAAGUUUAAAGGAACAUGCUGUUCAGGAUGUCAUUCAUAUACUAUAUAGUAUGUUAAACCUAUUCGAUUGUAGUUAAUUGCAUUAGUUUAGAUCGAUAAGUGAGCCCAACCAGCAGAGAAUAUAUAUGUACUACGUUUUUUACAUUUUGAGAAAGUUUAUACAUACGUGAAAUAAAUUAUUGUAUUCAAUAGUUACCUACGGAUUAGCAAAUGACUAAAGACAGUUUACAAAAUACAUAGGUAUAAACGCAUGUGUGUUUGUGUAUUGUUAGGCAUAGUCCCUAAAUCUUAGUAGUUAUAAUGCUAUCUGUAAAUGUUUUUACCACAACCGAGAACCUAGUUUCUAUUUAAUUUUAAUCGUAUCGAACUUUAUAAUGACUAUACAUUUAAUGCAAACAUCAUGUAUUAUUUUAUGAUCUGCAUUAAUUUUCACAUGUAUAUGUUUGUAAAUAAAAGCCAAACAUAAUCAAACCAA